CGGGCGACCCUCGCAGUAUCCUUAGCCCACAUGCAACUGAUGGUGGUUACGCAGCAGCGAAGCGUCGGUCCAGCAUACGACGUAAUGUUGAUGCCGGCCUUUGACGGUAAUGAGGUCUUCAUCGAACUUGUUCUCUUGUAAUGAUGUUAUUAACACGUAACUAAUAUUGUUUUCUGCCGUUACUGUUUCUCGCUUUUUCUUUCCAGUUUACUCGUGUGCAUCGGCGCAGCUGUCCAAUGUUAGUUAUUUUUAUCUUGUCCAUUCGUUUGUUUCUAUUCCUCGGGUCGAAGAUGGUAAGCACCGUCUUGAGCAGGCUACUGGACAGUAUGCGACAAUCCUACGUGAUGCUGAGUCAAUCUGUUCUCGCUCUGUAUGCGCUCUUGACAGGUGCUCAGGAUUUCAAGCUCCAUCCUUUAAGGUUCCAGGUUUGCCACCUCUUUUCUUCCUUGCUGCGUAAGCCCGAAAAAGUCGGUAUCGCCAUUUUAACUCGUUUCCCUAUUCCUGAACGAGUAUCUAUCUCUGCUAGUGAAGCCGGUGUUCCCGAUCUCUUACAAUCUUCUUUGAAGCAUUCUUCCCUUCUUGACCGAAUUCUCACCGAGUUGACGGCAAACUGCUUGGCAACUUGGCUUGAGGCGAAGCAAUUUCUGGCAAACCUUGUGGUUUCCCAAGUUUUUCUCGUUUAUCGUACCAGUUACUCCAGUGCGUUCGAACUCUCUGGAUGGUUAUCUGUAUUACCAAACCACUCGAAGGCCAGGAAAUGGCAUGAAAAGCGGACGAAGUGCGAAAACUCUGUCAAACACCGGGGCUCCGUUUCCGAUACCUCCCGUCAACGUUUGUCCGAUCUACUCUGGUUGGCUCGUUGCAACGCUGGUAGCAAGACAGUAUGGGAGGAUCCGUCCGUUUAUUGCUCCUGGCACAUUUCUGAAGAUAAAUCUAGCACCUAUUUUGGCAAAUCUCCAAAUGUACCCAUGGAUAAUACAUUUCCUUCACAUAUGCAUCUGGUUGGGUCUAGUAGAACGCGGAUCGAAUAUGUCACUGUCCCCGGUCUUGACUUUGUAAAUCUCUUGGAGGUGGCCGUGCGUGCCGCACUCCGUUCCGAUGCGGACUACAUCAUCGUAUUGAACCCCCGUGCUUUGAAUUUGCGACAAGUGCAUCUGACAACAGCGGUACAGUUACUAUCUGGCCAGAUUCCCGCUCCACAUGGAGGUGGUUUCAUCACAGUAAAUAAAGUGGACAUCGUGUUUGGACUGACGAAACCUUGCUCGUCGAUCAUCACAUCCGAAUUCGGUAUCACGAAUGCGUCAAGCCCUGUAACUGUUGGUACAUCUGUCAGGACGACUACUUCCUUGCAUUCUACAGGCCUCUUCCUGUUGGGUAUCCGCGGGGAUCGACAUCUGACUGUUCGGAUCCCGUCCCUCAUCGCCUCAGUUGAGUGGUCCGCGCCAUCUACUGCCUCACGUCUGUGGGCCAACAUUGCCGGUGUCGAUAAUCCCUGGUCGGUUUGCUGCCUCCGAGAUCGACUAGAGGAACUGAUGCAAGCUCCUGAUCUGUUGGCUCUGGAGCGUUAUAUGGGUGUCCCCGCGGAGCAGUUCCUGAGUGACACCCUGUCAGUGAUCAUUCCCCUUGGCCCUGGACACCCUGAUGAUGCACUUGACGUGGACGAGGACACUGAACUAAUCAACGUGAACACAUCAAAAGCUUUGGCCUCCACCUUGGAAAUUCUCGUACACAAUGCUAGUGGCCAUCGGCCAAUCGAGAUCAUUCUAAUUGACAGUAGCCCUGCCUACCACUCUAAGAGGACGCCAUCCUCAGCAUCAGUCAUCGUGGACAAAACCCGAUUCCGGACUACGCGACUUCGCCCAAUGAUCACGGUCUCGUGUCACCAUUACGAAUACAAUAACACUACGAGCACACCGAAGCCUCCGAGGCGUGGCGAGUUGAUUCGAUACGCUGUGGAUCACUUUGCCAGAGGAUCCACUCUACUCUUUAUAGAACCUGGUAUUCAGCUCCCUCCAAAAUGGGAUUCCGCUGUUGUGCACAGCUUGCAGCGUCCUGGCAUUGCACUGGGCUGCUUCGCGUAUCGUCUUCACCUGCCGGAUAAGUAUGUGUAUCGCAAGAGCUUAAAGUGGGCGGCGAGUUGCUAUAUCGCUGACUACCUGGUGCAUCUGCAGACACGUUGGUCAGAGAUCCCCAUUGUCGGCCAGCCGUGUUUUAUUCACUCUCAGUAUCUGGCCUGCCUCGGUGGAUAUCCGACAUCUAGUCGUGCGCUGCACUCUCUCGAUCUGGCAAUUGCCUGUCGCCGCCACCUGGGUCGCCUGAUAGUGACACGUUCCCGCACUGCUGCUGCCGGAGUUCCAGCCAAUUUCGCUUUGCGGCAUGGUGCCUUCCGGACUGCAUUCUACACCUUCUCAGUUGCUCUUGCGCGUUAUUUCGGCGCUUCAGAAGAGGAAGUGAAUGGUUUAGCAACGUUUGGAUAUGGAAUGAUUUCUCUGUCUCCUCUAUCUGUGAACCGUCAAGAGAACGCAGAGACGAGGAAAUUGCGCCGGUUACCGCUCGUCCAACCGCACUAUUUGGAUGGUUAUUGAUUUCCAGUAGAUGUUCUCUCCACAUAACUCUUUAACUUCACCAGAUCUUUUGGACAAUCAUUGAUGAGCUAUGUUUGGCAUGUAUUCCUUGUUUCAUUAUUUUGCUAUGUGCUAUUUCUAUCGUUCAGUUACCGUUCGUGAUUUGUACUCUUUCGUUUACCUCUUAUGAUCCAUUUGAUCAUUGCUUCCGACGAUACGCUUUGCUGUGAACACAGCGACCUAAAAGGUGCUUGGCUAAUUUUCAAGAUCUCUUUGUCCGUAUACGUGCUAUACAAUAGCGUGUCUUCUGGCAACUUUCAAACUUGGAUCUUUCCCGUUUGCAUUACAGACGGCGCGACUCAGUUGUUCUCACGAUGAACAGUUCUGGUGAUGUUCACUUUGUAGAACUUAUUUCCUCUUUGCUGGCUAGUUCUUAUUUGAUAGAUUCCUGGUAUUAGAACAAAUGGCAGCCAGCCUACGGAGAGCGUGUCAGUCAUCGGUCUGUGGGGUUGACUGCAAACCGUCAUACAUUUUGAAACAUCUCCUAUUUUAAGGAUGUUGCACGUGUGUGAAAGGAACUUGACUGUAGAGCACUUUAUGACCUUCCUCAUACAUGCAUGAUUUACCG